AGCUGUUUUGUUCUGGGGUGACAUUUUGUGAUCUUCACUUGAAUUUUAAACUGGAUUUAAUGUUUUUAUGAAGAAGAUUUUAAACAGUAGCUGUAGCUAAAAUUUUGUUGUGCUUUUUUUUUUUUUUUCAUCUGUGUGUUCUUUCUAUGGGGUCACAGUUGCAGUUGCAGUGCGGUCACCCUGUGACCAAAUUGUUUUAAAACUUUAAUUUUGACUAAAGGUGGAUAAAUAAUAGUUAAAAGAUUUAAUUUUGAGUUUUUCCUGACUAGGUUUUGGAAUCUAAGGGUGGGGUUAUAUACAUGGUUUGGUUUAUGGUUCGGGGGUUACCACGAAAUUUGCUUAGUGUUUAAGGUUUUAUCAUGGGUUGGUGAGAGUGGACCUGAUACAGUUCACCUGGUCUUUAUCUUCAAUGUGAAGCCUUUUUGUUGUUUCUAUAUAGUUUGCUAAGUGGUGUUGAAUAUUGGGAUCAGCACGGGAAGGAACUUGAAGUAAAUGCAUGGAUCGAGGGGACCAAAUGACAUUACCUGGUUCUGCAUCAUACUAUAUGCAGAGAGGAAUACCUGGUGCUGGAACUCAGCCUGAACUUCACAAUUCACCUAAUAUUCGUCCUUUGUCUAAUCCCAAUCUACCAUUUCAAUCGAGCAUUGGGGGUGGUGGUACCAUUGGAUCCACAUUGCCAUUAGAGUCUUCAGGAAUUUCAUCUCCAUGUGUCAAUGUGAGUGCUCCUUCUGGGACUAUGACUGGGGAAACUGUCAAAAGGAAGAGAGGAAGGCCUAGAAAAUAUGGGCCUGAUGGUGCUGUGUCGUUGGCGUUGACUCCAACUCCAGCUAGUCAUCCUGGAACCUUGUCACAAGGCCAGAAACGGGGCAGAGGCCGCCCGCCUGGCUCUGGAAAGAAACAACAGUUGGCUUCUCUUGGUGAAUUGAUGUCUGGCUCAGCUGGGAUGGGUUUCACUCCUCAUAUCAUCACCAUUGCAGUUGGAGAAGACAUUGCAACGAAAAUCAUGUCAUUUUCUCAGCAGGGACCUAGGGCUAUAUGUAUUAUGUCAGCCAAUGGUGCUGUCUCUACUGUGACACUUCGCCAAUCUUCAACAUCAGGUGGCUCUGUCACAUAUGAGGGGCGUUUUGAGAUAUUGUGCCUGUCAGGCUCUUACUUGGUUGCUGAUAGUGGUGGCCCUCGCAGUCGAACUGGUGGAUUGACUGUUUCCCUUGCAAGUCCGGAUGGCCGUGUCAUUGGUGGAGGAGUUGGUGGAGCCCUUAUUGCUGCAAGUCCUGUUCAGGUGAUACUUGGGAGCUUUAUAUGGGGCGGAUCGAAGACCAAAAUCAAGAAAAAAGAUGGUCCAGAAGUUGUGGAAGCUGCUAUAGAGUCAGAUCAUCAGACAGUUCAUAAUCCAGUUGCAGUGAACAGCAUUUCCCCAAAUCAAAAUCUUACUCCGCCCACAUCUCUAAGUCCUUGGCCUGCAUCGCGAUCAUUGGAUAUGCGCAAUUCCCAUAUUGACAUUGACUUAAUGCGUGGGUGACAAUUUAUUUAGUAGUGAGUAUAUAUCUCAGAUUCAUGGUCACUCAUCUAAUUUACCUGUAGUAGUAAUUACAGCAUGGGAAGUACCGACAGCAGAGUAGAAGCCAGCUGACUUUUGGAAUUUGAUAUAAUUCCUUCUAUCCACCCAUUAUUGACUUUAGGGUUGUACUCCUAUUUUUGUAGCUGUGAGGAAUUUUAAUUUGAAGAUUUCAUGUUCUUGGUUAAAUACAGACUGUUGUUUAUAUCCUAUUUGAAAGAAAUUGACAUUUAGCUAGAUGUUUUGUGUUUUAGGGGCACAGAUUAUGAUAUAAUCUAGUGUGAUUUUUAUCAUUGAACUGUUGUCUCCUGAAAUGCAAUGACAAAGGGUGCAUCAAGAUUCUCUUUUCUUUUGAGAAUGCAUAAUAGGAAGUGUUGCAUGUGUCAA